AUGGCCCCCAGCCCUGGGGGUGCAGGGGACACGGCAGCCUCCCGGAAAGCGACCAGGAAACACCCCGAGAGGACAGAGCUCUUCGCCCACCUGAGCCGAGCCGCCGGGCGCCCUGUGCUCCCCGAGCCGCAGGGCGUGCUCAAGCGGCCCUUCUCCCGCUCCUUCGGGGACCACGACUACUGCCAGGUGCUGAAGCCUGAGGCUGCCCUGCAGAGGAAGGUGCUCAGGUCGUGGGAGCCCCUGGGCCAGGUGGAGAUGGAGCACAAGAGGAGGGUCCCGGCCGCCCACUACCAGGGGCUGGACCUCGGCAAGGAGGCGGGAGGCGAGAUGCUGUGGAAGGACGGCGUCAAGCAGCUGAGAGACCAGGAGAUCCGAGCCAGCUUAACAAAGCACUUUGGCUUUCUGGACAGUGCUCUCGACGACAAGGACAUGGUCUUCUGUAAGACCCCCGAGUAUGACACGGUCUUUGAAGACAGCUGCAGCGAGAGCGGCUCCCCUGUGGAGGAGGAGGAGGAGGAGGAAGAGGAGGAGGAGGAGGAGCACGGUGACACCAAGCUGUGCCUGCGGAGAAACCACCUUUCUAGGACCAGUUUGCGUUUCUGUUCCCGGAGCAGGUCCAGCUCGGGGUCUUCGUGCUGCCGGUCCCGAUCGCCCGCAAGCAGACGCACCUUCAGGUGUGAGAACGGCGAGCAGUGUCAGGGUGGGAGCGGGCACCGGGGCCAGCUGGAGAAGAGACAGGAAAAGGCCAUCGGGGAAGGCCGGGUGGUGUAUAUCAGAAACCUCUCCAGCAGCAUGAGCUCCAGUGAACUGAAGAAACGCUUUGAAGUGUUUGGUGAAAUCGUGGAGUGUCAGGUCCUGUCCAGGACUAACAGGGGGGAUAAAUAUGGCUUCAUCACCUACCGGUAUUCAGAGCAUGCCGCCUUGUCUCUGAAAAACGGCACCUCGCUAAGGAAGAGGAAUGAGCCUUCGUUCCAGCUCAGCUCUGGUGGCCUCGGGCACAUCUUCUGGACCAGAUAUGCUGACUUGGAUUGCAGCGUGGAGGAGUCCUCCCCAGCUCCAGUGAAAAGCAAGUACGAGACCAUGGAUUUCGACAGCUUGCUGCAGGAGGCCCAGCUAAGCCUGCAUCGGUAA